AUGGCUACCUACCAACCUCCUAACCAGUGUGCUACCGCUGCCAGGACGUACACAGGCAUCAGCGCCAACUACAGUGGCGACUUGGGAAUUCAAGCGAACAUUCCGCAGAGUCUCGAGGACGAAGGGAACACAGCGCUUUGGAUCAUGGGCCUACCUUCCUACACCUCCCACACCACCAUGCUAGCGGCCAUCAGGAGCAAAGGUCCUAUCAAGUCUUUGCACAUCAAUGGCCCAACCGACGAACACCCUAACACUUCGGCCGCCAAGUCAAUCUUCUUCGAGCAUCGACAUGCAGCGAAGCUAAAGGCUGAGGCUACCAGAGGAGAGUACAAGUUCGGAGACGCCAAGCCCAACAUCUUCUGGAACCGAUACGGCAGCAGAGAAGAUCCCGCAGCGGGCCGCAGCCGGGUCUUGCGCAUCGAAGGCGCCGAAGCGCUCAUCACACGGCAGAACUUGGAGGCGCUCUGGUCUACCAGCAUGUGGUGGGACGUCGAUUAUGUUCACGACAUCGGUUACAUUGGUGGUGGACGUGCAGUCGUAUGGUAUUACUUUGGUAGCUGGCGCUGCCAGGCAGCCAAAGCUAAGGGUAUCACUGAAGGCGCCUACGGAUGCUUGGUCUCUGUUGUAUACGGCAGAGAUCCUUGCGCUGUGCCGCGAAGAGUGAACUAG